AUCUUCCGUGCGACUGCCGCUCCGCAGGCGCGUCUACCUUUCCCGCUGCGGGGCCUCGGGCGUGACUGCGCAGCGGCGCGCGGACUUCCGCAGGCCGGGUUCCGGCCCGCUAGCGCCUGUAAGCUGUGCGCCAUCUUCGCAAGCACCAUGGUCGCGGCCUGUGGGCUCGGAGCGGCCGGACGCCGCCUUUUCUUCUGCCUUAUUGUACUUCUGCAGAUCGCGUGCACGGCCCUGGGCUGGAACGACCCCGAUAGAAUACUGUUGCGGGAUGUUAAAGCUCUUACUCUUCACUAUGACCGCUAUACCACCUCCCGUAGGCUGGAUCCCAUCCCACAGUUGAAAUGUGUAGGAGGCACAGCUGGGUGUGAUUCUUAUACUCCAAAAGUCAUACAAUGUCAGAACAAAGGUUGGGAUGGUUAUGAUGUACAGUGGGAAUGUAAGACCGAUUUAGAUAUUGCAUACAAAUUUGGAAAAACUGUGGUGAGCUGUGAAGGCUAUGAAUCCUCUGAAGACCAGUAUGUACUUAGAGGUUCCUGUGGCUUGGAGUAUAACUUAGAUUAUACAGAAAUUGGUCUGAAGAAGUUGAGAGAGUCUGGAAAAAAUAACGCCUUUAACUCUUUCUCUGGUUAUUACAAUAAGUUGUACUCUUCAGAUUCCGGUGGCAUCAGUGGAUUGAUUACUAUUGUGGUGCUACUUGCUAUUGCCUUUGGAGUUUAUAAGUUGUUCCUUAGUGAUGGUCAAGAGCCUCCUCCACCAUACUCUGAGUAUCCUUCGUAUUCCCACCGUUAUCAGAGAUUCACCAACUCAGCAGGACCUGCUCCCCCAGGCUUUAAGUCUGAGUUCACAGGGCCACAUGGUGCAACUUCAGGUUUUGGAAGUGCUUUCACAGGACAACAAGGAUAUGAAAAUUCAGGACCAGGGUUCUGGACUGGCUUGGGAACUGGAGGAAUAUUGGGAUACUUGUUUGGAAGCAAUAGAGCAGCAACACCUUUUUCAGACUCAUGGUACUAUCCAUCUCCUACUUCCUCAUACUCCAGCACAUGGAAUAGUCGUGCUUACUCACCACUGCAUGGAGGCGCAGGUGGCUAUUCAGGACAUUCAAAUUCAGAGACAAGAACCAGAACAGCAUCAGGAUAUGGUGGUACCAGAAGACGAUAAGGAAGUAAAAAGUUGAAGUCAAACAUCAGAUGCAAAAUUUCUGAUUUUUUCAUCACCUGCUCUUUAAAAAAAGUACUACCAGCUAACAACUGGGGAAAGGGGAAUAUUUAAAAGUUCUGAUGCUUUUUCCUAGAUAGUUUUUUGUAUUCUAAUAUUUGAGGCUAAAGAUUGUUCUAGGAAAAAAUGCUUAAGUAGAGAAUUGUAUGUUAGUGUAACAUGCAGGCACAUAUUCCAGUUUCUGAAAGUGCCGAUUACUGUGGAAUGCAGAAAAUGUGAUGUUUAAUUUCUAAAACCUGUGAUGACAUAAGAAACCUUAAGAAUGAAGGCUUUAUCUUAAUAGAGUUUUAAGUAUGGAAAUUUUAGUCUACGUGGCUUUAAUGAAUCAUUCUCUCAUAGAAAUAAUAAUUUAUUUGCUGUCUCUUGCUCUUCAAACAUUUAAACCAAGCUUUGGUCUACUGAUUAGAUUAAUCUGGGGAUCGUGGUCACUUUGGAGCUCAGGCACUUCGACUGCUUUAGCAGUAGUGGGGCUUCAGUGAGAACUACCUUUUUUAGUGAAGAUAGAAAGUAAAUACAUAGAAGGUUGUGAAUGACAUAUGCUGAAAAAAAUGCUUGAAACAUGCAUAUUCAUUUGUGAGGUGAAGUUUAAAUGCUGCAAUAAAGUCCUUUUAAUAGCAAUCGAAAUACUGUUCCCUGGAUGCUCAAUUAAUGAUAUGGCAAUAUGUUUUAACCUUUUAUUAAAAUGACAGAAAAAAAAUACAAACAAGGGCUUUUAUUCUUAUUCUUUCUACCAGCCUUAACAUAAAUUCGUGUUAUUUUUUCCUUCUACUUCCCAAAGGAAAAGGUGUUAACACAGCUGUUCUGACUCACUAAACAAUAAUUUCCCAUGGUAGUCUUGCCUUACAUACCAGUCAUUUGGUAAAUGUUUUCAGAAAAAUAAUUUAGGAAUGGUAUGGAAAGAAGUCUCUUUUAAAAAUGUGUUUAAAAAAAUAAAUUUCCAAGUAUCCAUACUGUUAGUAUUAAAAAUUGCUACAGAUUGGGCCAGUGAUAGUGAUCUGCAUAUAAAAUUUGUUACUCUUAAAAUGCUAGCCUCAGAUUUUUGUUCUUAAAUGUAUUAUUGUAGGUCAUUGGAAUCUCAAGAAAAUGAGUGAAUAGGGAGUUGACUAGGUGGCUCCCAGAUUAUUCUCAGAAGCCUGGGUUGUUCUUUGAGGAUCUUUUAGCGUCUGCCUGGAGGGAAGGAAGGGCUGGAAAAGAAGCUUGGUCUUUAGGGUUCAGGGUCCUCCCACACGGUUAUUCUUAGUGUUACUCUUAGUGUUAUUCUUCUAUCUGUUGUGUUCUUUUACUUUUUAUUUAUGGAAAACAUUCUGUGAUAAUAAUUUCAGGAGAAUCAAUGACAGUGCAAUUGGAUCACAUUAGGGAGUUGAUGGCUCAUAAAUACAGAAAAUGGGGGUACUUCAUUUGGGAGGGCAUAAAAAAGGGGUAAAAGGGUGCUGAAAUAAAAAUUUACAGUUUUACUUACACGAGGCUUUAGAACUUUUUGGAUGCUGAGAUGUGACUACUGAUAUUUUUAAAAAACUUAGGAGUGUUUCUAGAGUUUUGUGCAUGCUUCUCUCUGAAGUUCCUUUAUUUUUCCAUCCUGAUUCAGUACCCAAGACUGACUUUAGUUUCCCUGUUCGUCCAGUAACACACUGCACACAUAUUUUUUCUCUUGUACUUAAUAUAUUGCAGUGUGAUCAUUUUAAGCGUCUUUCUUGCUACUCUGAGUUCCUUAGGGAGUUCUUCUUCCUGUCCUUGCAAAUGACUUCACAAAAUUAAUGAGAAGGCUAGAAACUCAGCCACAGCAAAGGGCAACAGCAAAACUUUUAUAUGUAAAAGUUGCUUUUUUUCUAUUCCAUUCAGAAUUUUUUUUUUGUUUUUGUUUUAGAAGAGUUACUUUUGUUGUUUGUACUGAGAACCUUGUACAUAUGGUAAAUCUUUUAAGAUUCUUAAGUUGUAAGCAAUAGAUACUAGCUAAUAAUAAUAAAACACU